ACAAGAAGAUUGUUGCUUCAUCCUCAAAAGUCACAAAAAGGUACAUUAUUUAUAUUAAGUAAAUGUUCAAAAAUAAUAAUGAACAUUUUCAUAUACCUAAAUGUACAUUUGUGUUAUGUAAUAUGACCAGGAAUGAUGAUAAGAAAAAGUCAAUUGCAGAAAAGAAGAAAAAAACUGAAAAGGAAAAGGUUGAAAGACCAAAACGCGAAAAGAAAACAAUUCCUCCUGCUUUCCGAUCUCCUUACUUGGUCAAGUACAAGGAUCUGUUUAAAGAUGAGAAAGCCAUGAACCAAAUUGCAGUAGACUUUGCUCUUGGUGGAAAAGAUGAAAGUGCACUCUUAUACUAUGAUGGCUUGAAUCUCAUCAAUAGAAAUGAAAUGAAAACUCUUGGAGAUGAUGUUGAAGUGACAAAUUGUGUCAUAGAUGGAUGGGCAAGGUUUCUUAAUCAUAAAAAGCCGAGAAACAAGAUUUAUUUCUCAACAGUGCUUCAUCACAUUAUGUGCACAAAUAGAGUUUGUCAAGAAGGAUCAUCAAUGAAGACAAGAAUUAAUGCCUUCAUAGAAAGAAUUGACAAUGAACUGAAGUUGAAUAAAAUUGACAGCAUUGUUGGAUAUAAACAGGUCUUCUUCCCAGUAUCAACUUCUCAACAUUUUUUUCUGUUGUGCGUCAAUCAUAUAGAAGACAAAAUUCAUAUAAUUGACAAUAGAAAACUACCAAAAAAGGUAUCAGUCCAAGCAAAAUAUGAAGAACAACCAAAAAUGAUGUUAAAAGGAUUGGCAGAGUACAUGAAACACCUUGGAUAUCAAGAUGCAAAAAGAAUUGAAGACUACACAGUUGUUUUGGAAAAGAUGAAAUGGCGUAGCAACAAUGACUAUACAAACUGUGGAGUUUACAUUAUGAAGCAUAUGGAAACCUUCACUGCUGAUCCUAAUGAGAGCUGGAUUUGUGAUUUAAAACCAAACAAUGUGGAACAAAUUAGAAAUCUAAGGCUCCAAUACACAGCAGAACUGAUGUUAUUUGAAGAAAACACUGAAUCAAGAGCAAAUAGAAGGAAAGCUAGAAAAUUUGCAACUUUGUAGUUUCAAAUGUUCAUUUACAACUAUGUAUAUGUUCAUUUCUUAUAUAUGACUAUU